AUGCCGCGCCCGGCGGGAAGGCACCGGGCGGCUGCGGGAAAUGGCGGCGCCGCCGGAGCCGGAGGGCGCGGGGCCGGGGGAGGCGGACGCGGGGCCNNNNACCCGUUGGUGCGCUGCUGCUCGCGGCGCGGGCUGGGCGCGGUGCUGGAGCUGUGCGCGCCCUUCGUGCGGGCCCUGGCGCAGGGACAGCCCGGCGGGGCCGCCGCCGAGGUGGAGGCGCUCUGGAACUUCGAGACAGCGGUGCGGGAGAACGUCACCAUCAACGGGCAGCCCUGGGAGGAGGCCUCGGAUGACUCCCGGCUGCGGAGCGAUUCCAAUACGGAAAUUGUGGAGGAUGAAUUUCAUGACUUAGUAGCAGAGACAACAGCUAGGCGUAAACGGUGGCCUAAAAAGAUCCUGGUGCAUGCUAUCCAGACCAUGAAAGCAGAGCAAGAGAUGUUGAAGCUCUACCAGCCUGUGGUGAAACCAGCAGACAUAAGACCUCUGGAUUCUCAAGAUGCUUACAUCGCAGAGCUGAAGCAGGUGACAGGAGCGGCAUCCAAACAGAUCAGCAAAGCAAUGCAGUCUAUUCUGGCACUCACAGAAAAAGCAGAAGGUUUUUCCCAAGCAUUGAGUUUGCAACCAACCUUGGAACUCUGCAAGCUGCGGCAAGAAGUCUUUUCUGGUUUCAAGGUGAAGGAGGAAAACAAUGUCCAAAAUUCAGUACCACCAGGAGAAGUCACACCAACAGGAACUGUUUCCAGUAAAAAUCCUUAUGUUUUGCUAAAAAGAAGAAAAGCUGCAGAUUCCCCCCAGAGAAGGCGCUACCCACUGCGGCGGAGGAAGAUCACUCUCAGUGCAUGAAUUUCUCAUUUUGUAUUUUCACAUUGGAAUCUCAGUUGUGCAUCUGUUCCAUCUUUUUUCUUAGAACUGAUCUAAGAACCUCAGUGCUACACAUGGGAGCUUCUUUAAUUAGUCUUUGACCUCUUAAAUAUUUCUACUUUUGCUGACAUGCUGAUGGUAUAUGGUACAUGUACCAAUAGCAUCCCAUAUCCAGCAAGUGUAUUUUCCAUUUAACUCAUUUUUUGCUCUUAUAUUGCAGUUUUUAGCUUGAGUCCUUGUGCUUCUCAGAGUUCUUGUACAUGCUUUAUGUAUGUGGGCAGUCUUUUAGGAAACUACUCACUGCUCAUUUACGUUCAGCAUGUCUCUAAAGAGGUUGGAGAAUGUCUAGUUCUCCUAAUGCACCUUAAUUAAUUACUAAGGCAUGUGGCUUUUAUGUUAAUGAGUUAAUUGACACUGCAGCAAAAAUGGAAUCACCAAAUUUGAUGCGAUGUUGGAGUUUUAAGGAAGCCCAUGCACACAUGUGAUAUUACUCCUUGCUAUUCUACCUUUCCUGAAUAUAGGUCAUCUAGGCUUAUUUAUAGUUAUGUUUGUUGAAACUUGGAUUUUUAAUAAUUGUAUAUAUUUACUUGCAGUGUGCUCUUCUGAACAGGAAUUCAACCAUCAAAAUUUUAGGGUCUGAUAUAUCAUUUCAUGUAAUCCAAUUAUGCAGCCUGGUGUUUUCCUGAGCAAUAUUUCUACCCAAGAAAGGAUCUUGACUUGGGUUAUGUUUGCAUUUGUGUUGUUUGACUAAACUUUAAAGAUCAGUAGAGACUACCAGUAAAUGGUAUUUACCUGAGCUAGCUUACUUUUGUUUUCUAUACUCAUUAGUACCUAGAAGAUUGCAAAUUAGUACUAAAUUGAGCAUUGUGCCUUAACCAUUUAUAACUUUUUCUAGUUUAUGGUUGCAUGUGCCUGCAGUAAAUACUCCUGUCUAGUAUGUAAUAUAUUUGUAACACAGUAAAUGGAGGGGGGGAGGGGUUUAGAAGCUUUCUUAAUGACAUAUUUGGUGCUAAGAAGACAGGUCCGACCUAAUGUCUAAGAGAUUGAGAAUUCUCAAGAAAACAGAUUUUAGCAUAAUUUAUUUCGUAAAAGUGAGCAUCUGUACUGAGACUUUGUAUAUAUAAUCAUAUGUAAAUAUUUUUUCUGACCUUGUAUAUACAAAUGUGUGUUUUUAUAUGAAGUAAAUUAAAUCAAUUAAGGAAGA